UCCUUCGUACUGUUGGGGUCUUGUAUAUUGUGUUAGUUUGAGCGAAGGUUUUUGUUAUCCUAUGUAUGGAUAUAAUGGAAGCCCAUGUAAUGUAACUUCUAUAUGCUACUAUGGUAAUUGCGUGCUCAAUGAGUUAAUCCCAACAAUGACAUCAACAGAAGCAGCAAAUACAACGAAUUUUACAAUAAUAGAAUCGACAACAGAGGAGCAAACUUCAACAGGUGUAACUGAAUUAAUAACAGCUACAGAGGAAGUAACAACAGUUGAAACUGAAUUAACAACAACUGCAGAGGAAGUAAAAACAGUUGAAACUGAAUUAACAACAACUGCAGAGGAAGUAACAACAGUUGAAACUGAAUUAACAACACCUGCAGAGGAAGUUAAAACAGUUGAAACUGAAUUAACAACGACUACAGAGACUUCACUUCCGCCGAAAUUUACAACAGAGACAGAAUCAACAGAGGAAGUAACAACAAGUGCAACUGAAUUAACAGCAGAAGAUCCGAACUUACCUCAAUGGUCUCAUUGGACUUUAUGUAGGAAAAAUUGUGUACGAUUGAGAUUCCGGUACUGUGGAUAUAUGGAAAAUAUAUGCAAAAAACGAGUUAAACAAUAUGAAGCUUGUACGAAUGAUUUUUGCCAAGAAGAUACGGCAAAAACAAAUAAGGCACUCAAAGGAAAAGGCGAAGCCAGAGAAAUUGACAAUAACGAAAGCAAAGGCAAAGGAAAAGACAAGGGCAAACGCAAAGGCAAAGGCAAAAGAUAA